GUUGAGAACCUCAAAGAUAACUUCAAUGUAGCCUAUCGAAAAUUGCAAAGCCUAGUGCGAACAAUGAACAGGGAUUAAGAAAAACUCAUGCUAUACAACGACACUCUGACGACGUACCUUCAAGAAGAAGUGAUAGAGAAAGAGAACUUUUCAAUGGCGUCGCUACCUUCUACCUUCCUCAAAGGCACGUCUGGUCUCCUUUGAAAUCUACCAAGUUGCGAAUUGUAUUCGAUGUCUCUUCACAUGCAAAGGGCGAGUACUUUUUCAAUGACUGGUUCUCCAAUUCCGCACGCAAAGCGUUUCUACAAAUACGGCUGCCUAAAGAACACGGAGACGUAGCAAGACUCCUCUGGAUUCAUCCCUUCCUCCGACAUAGAACGAUCACGUGUACUUUCGCUCUUGUCGAGUUCCUUUCGGCAUUGAAGCAAGCUCAGCGUUUUCAAAUCAAUCGGUACUUAAGCAUAUCGACAAUCUCAAUCGGGCAUUGCAUCAGAGCUAUCCAACCUUCUCUACGUGAACAACGUACUCCUCAAAGGCAGAACAGCCGAGGAACUAAUUAG